GGUGUGACUCUGUAGAUUUGGGGGGGGGGUCUCUUAGUUAUCUCUCAAACAGAAAAAAAGGAGAGAGAGCUCAGUUUUAGCCAGGCUGCAGUAGGUGCUGGCCUGUGAAAACCCAGGCAACCCCUUCCCCUGUGGAAAUUCCUGAGCUGCCUGACUGUUAAAUCUCUGAGGUCAGGGUUAGCAGCCCACCUCCUCAAAGGCCCCAGCGCUUCCCAGAAUCUGGGACACACUGCCUGGCUUGGCACUCAGCUGAGCGAGGGGAACCCCCAUCCAGCACACCAAGCCCGGAGCUUGGCCCACUUCACGGUGCGCCCGGGGAAAGCCACUUUCUGCCCACCAGACCGCAAGUUUCAAGGCUUCGCUAGGAUCAGAGUAGAGAGGGGGAGGAGGAGGACAGAAGCAUUUCGGUGCCUUCAGGCGGCUCGCCUCCGGCCUCCCUCGCAAUCCCUUCCCAGGAUCUCCUCCCCGCGGUGCGGCGGCGACUCUCUUGGUCUAGGGUUGGGUAUGUAAGCGGCCCCUAGAGCUCCAGACCACUUGGAUCCUCAGGGCUGUGGGACCGGAGACCAGAAAGGUCCUCCACGAGAUGCAGACUUGUCCUCUGCUCUCUAAGAUUUUACCGAAGAAAAGUUUUUCAAGGGAGCCCCAUCUCUAGUUUCUGAGUCCUCUCCAGCGCAGAAGACCGCGGAUAGAAGGCAAGAGGCGUGAUUUGUGAAUUAGAAUUUAGGGGCUGCCAGGCUCCGCCCCUUUUCUUCCCCCCUCUCUCUUCUGGUUGGGGCGGAGGGGCUCCUAUUCAUUUCGUUGUAUUUUAGUCACUCUGCCCCAGAUCUUUCUUGAAGGCUGCUUCUCAGCUGCACGGACCCAGAGGGGCCCCUGCCAUUGGCAGAGGGCGGAGGAGUUAGAGGCAUUAACCCCUCCCAGUCCCUUCCUAGAGGAGCCACCCAGCCUCGGCGGGGCGCUCAGAGACUUCGCUUUGCCAGUGGUGCGGGUAGCGGCAGCCAAGGCUGGCCAUUGGAGUGAACGGCUGCGGAGGGAGGGGACCCCAGCUCAGAGAACUUUGCGAGUGAGCUGGUCGCCGUCAUUCGAGGACAGCAGCAAGAUGCGGAUCGCGCGGUACAGACCCAGAGCCCUGCGGACGCAGCUUCGUCCUGCUUGAGCGAGGCUGCUGUUUCGGAGGCUCUCUCCAGACACGGAAAAGCAACACACACACAAAAAAACGUUGGAUUGCUCACUGACCGGGCCCUGCGGUAACUGAAGAACCGCUCAACCUCUCCCUCUAGCGUUCGUCUGGAGAAGUACUACCCCGGGUUCUUGGGGGACACACUGCGGCUAUGGUGUCCACCAGCGUCCCUGUGGUUAAGGCCCUUCGUAGCUCAGUUUCUGACUAUGGCAACUAUGAUAUCAUAGUCCGGCAUUAUAACUACACAGGCAAGUUGAACGUCGGGUUGGAGAAGGACCAUGGCAUUAAACUGACUUCAGUGGUCUUCAUUCUCAUCUGCUGCUUCAUCAUCCUAGAGAAUAUAUUUGUCUUGCUAACUAUCUGGAAAACCAAGAAGUUCCAUCGGCCCAUGUACUAUUUCAUCGGCAACCUGGCCCUCUCGGACCUGUUAGCAGGAGUGGCGUAUGCAGCUAACCUGCUGUUGUCUGGGGCCACCACCUACAAGCUCACCCCCGCCCAGUGGUUUCUGCGGGAAGGGAGUAUGUUUGUGGCUCUGUCAGCCUCGGUGUUCAGCCUCCUUGCCAUCGCCAUAGAGCGCUACAUCACCAUGCUGAAGAUGAAGCUGCACAACGGGAGCAACAGCUCGCGCUCGUUCCUGCUGAUCAGCGCCUGCUGGGUCAUCUCCCUGAUUCUGGGGGGCCUGCCCAUCAUGGGCUGGAACUGCAUCAACUCGCUGUCCAGCUGCUCCACCGUGCUCCCGCUCUACCACAAGCACUAUAUCCUUUUCUGCACCACCGUCUUCACCCUGCUCCUGCUCUCCAUCGUCAUACUCUACUGCAGGAUCUACUCCUUGGUCAGGACUCGAAGCCGGCGCCUGACCUUCCGGAAGAACAUUUCCAAGGCCAGCCGCAGUUCUGAGAAGUCGCUGGCCUUGCUGAAGACGGUGAUCAUUGUCCUGAGUGUUUUCAUCGCCUGCUGGGCCCCUCUCUUCAUCCUACUAUUGCUGGAUGUAGGCUGCAAGGCGAAGACCUGCAGCAUCCUGUUCAAAGCAGAGUACUUCCUGGUUUUGGCUGUGCUGAACUCAGGUACCAAUCCCAUCAUUUACACUCUGACCAACAAGGAGAUGCGCAGGGCCUUCAUCCGGAUCGUAUCCUGUUGCAAGUGUCCCAGUGGAGACUCCACUGGCAAAUUCAAGCGGCCCAUCAUCCCAGGCAUGGAAUUUAGCCGCAGCAAAUCAGACAACUCCUCCCACCCACAGAAGGACGAUGGGGACAACCCAGAGACCAUUAUGUCUUCUGGAAACGUCAACUCUUCCUCUUAAAAAUGGAAGCUGUUGAUACUGGGGAACCAUUCUGACUUGGUCACUCAUCCCCCCAGAAUUUAAAAAAAAAAUGUCUCUCAUUCUCCAUUGCUGCCAGGAAGGAGCUCCUGGGAGCUUAAGAGAGGGAGGGAAGGGAGAAUGUGUGGACUGGCAAUGCCAUGAUGUCGGGUAGGUCGUUCUUGUGAACAAAGCACUGGAAAGGGUGGAGAUAAGGUCUGGCCUGCAGUGGGUUUCCUGCCACCCCCAUCCCCUGGAGCUUUUAUUUUGCACUGAGUCAAAGGUCUAGCAUUGUCAAGCUCCUAAAGGGCUCAUCUGACCCCUUCUCAAAGACUAAAGUCCCAUGAGAAAGUAUCCCUGGUGUUUUGAGAUGUGAUCUUUCACUGUAACGGUAAAGUGGGGAUGUACCCGUUAGCUUGGUAGGGGGUGCGCACCUCGCACUCUCCCUCCCCCUCCCCUCUCUCCUUCCUGCCCCUUCUCCAUAUUCUUUUACUUUACAUCUUAACUGUCUGACGUUGUUCGUCAGUAGGGGGUUGUACAGGGCUCUUUCUUGAUUGUCUGAAACUGGACAGCUAUUCAUAGGAAAGGCUACUUGCUGAGGCCAAAGUUUCCAUGUAAGGUAUGUUAAGUUGUUGGGGAUUUGGUAGGCCAUGUUCAAAGUGAAAAUGUGUUCCUUAUUCCUCAUGCAUUCCUUAUUCCUUAUUCCCAUUACAACCACAGUGAACAUGUGUUUUUAAUGGGAAUAACGAAGUCUAUUUUAUUUGAAUGAUAUCAUCCCAGACCUGAGAUGAAACAGGAGAAAACCCACAGGGUGAAGUAAAGUGUGGUGGUGACUUUUGCAAACCAAGAAUGAUUUCUUUUUGUCCUUCUCUAACAAAUACGAUGUCUUUGGCACUUUUAUUGAUUACUUCAGAGUGUUGUGUGAUCCAUUUUAAACAAUGGAUUUAGACACGUUUAAAAUACAAUUUGUGAUUUUUGAAUGUACUUGUUUCUUUGAGGUCAUCUUGUUGAGUUUCUUCCUAACCUGUGUUAACACCACUGAAUGUGUAGUUCCGAAGAAAGUACCACCCUCUUGUAUCAGAAAAAGCAUUACUUUAACUGACAGGGAGCAUCAGGAGUUCUUCAUUUCAGCUGUUAAUAGAUAGAGAUGAUGAGGUGUAAAUGUUGCAGAGAAUAAAAAUAUAUUGCUGUCUCUUUAGCAUGGUGUUCAGUGCAAUUAAACCAAGAAAUGUCUUUUUUAAAAAAAUAGUAUUUAAUAGGUUUCUGACUUUUGUGGAUCAUUUUGCACAUAGCUUUAUCAACUUUUAAACAUUAAUAAACUGAUUUUUUUAAAGA